AUGUCGGACGGAAGUAGAAAAUAUUACGCAUGUGCAGUGGUAUCCCAGCCAAACGGCCCUGACAUUGAAAGCUACCAGGUAGGGUUUAAAUUAGUCGGCGGUCUGGCAUUUGAUUCCUCACCUUGGUACCUUGCCGAACCAUUUGAAAUGAAUGCCUUGUCAAUUUUUGAUCAAAUCAUUUGCCCUUUUUCUUGCAAGUUUCGUUGCUGUUGUUGCCGUCGCUGUCGCAGAAUUAGGCAGAAAUCGGUAGACAGGUCUAAACCGAUUGCUCUUAAGAAGUUACAUCUAAAUGAAAAUCUUUCCAACAAAAACAUCAACAAUCGAAAUAUUAACGACCCGUUUCUUACGGAACCUCUGACGUCAGCCGUAGACAUCAAUUACGUCACAACAUUCGGAUCGGUUUCCGGUUCGUUCUGCAUUAACCGACGGGUCUUCAUUCCGAGAGACGAGGCGCACGUGACGUGUUGUGUCGACAAUCAUUCAUCACGUGAUCUCGUGUGUAGCAUCAGCUUGCAUCAGGUGAUAUCAUUUCGGGCGGACCACUGCGAAGGAGGCAGCGAAGAGGACAGCAGCAGGAAGGUUCUAUUCAUGAAACGACACAUGCAAUUACAACGGCAACCUAUCAAGGAGGUCACGAAGAUCACUGACAACAACCUUAUUCAAACAUCCAACCUUUCAGUUCAGGCAGGUGAUUCCACUAGUUUCGGUUUCCGAUUCCAAGUUCCUACCAAUUUAACUUACAGCGAUGCAAGUUCAUUCAAUUGUGAUGACGGUUCAAAAAAAUCGAGCGAAAGCAGCAGCCAAGCACUCCUCAACGCGAGCAAUGACGUAGUUGACGUCAUCGUCAUCAGAUACUUUUGCAUGCUUCAGAUAUUACCAACGAAGGAAAAGACAAAGGCAAAAGAGAAGUAUUUGGCACCAAUCGAAGUUUGGAUGGCGAGACGUUGAACUCACGAUACAAAACACGCCCAGAUUUUUUUUAUACUGCGUGUCUCGUCCAAUCUCAUUGUCAAAGCAAACCUCACUUUCAACUGCGCUCAAAAUUUUGGGAGCUUGACGACUUGAAACAAAACAUGCAUGCGAUCGAAACCUUAACGAAGCAUACAGAAAUAACGACAAUAAUUGUAAGACUUGCGCACAAAAACUCGUUUGUAUAAUUUUAACUGUUUCUACUCAAUAAAUUAAAAAUGAA